GGGCGGAGGGGCAGCGGCAUUUUCAGCCGUCAGAAGUGCAGCGCAAUCGACUGCCGAAGGCAGUGCCACACAUAAGUCUAACUUAGGGUGAGAGCGGGGAAGCGCGAGUUGGCAGAAAGAGGACCAGAAACCAUAGCACCAUUGUCGGUGAGAGAAGGGGAUCCCGAAGGAGACGAUCGAAGAGAGGCUGCGGGCGUUCUUGUGCGCGGGGGAAAGGGUGGGGGUUCGGAAGGAGACGGUCGAAGAGAGGUUACGGGCGCGCUUGUGCGCGGGUCGCGCGCGGUAUCACCCCUGCGGUCAAAGAGGAUGUCGAUGGCCGUGGGCGAUCCCUGGUCCUCCGGUGGAGGAGUCAGUGGCGGGAGGAAGUGUGGACGAAGCUCAAUGAUUGGAGAGGUAGCCGUCAUCGUGAUGAGGAUUAUGGUGAUGGCAGUCACGGCGCUCUCCGUGAUAUCGGCGGUGAUGGGUCAACCCUCCCCGUCUGCGCCUGGUCACCCAGGACAAGUUCAGCCAUUGCCGGACGUGAUAGAGCGGUCGACUCAGGGGAAGAAUCUGACGCUGUACGUCGGCGCGCUGAGGAGUUCCCGCGGUGCUUUGAUGGCUAUGGAGGCGCAACGGAGACGUCCGGGUGGAGUGACAAUCUUUGCGCCCACCGAUGCGGCUGUCAGUGACCAGAUCCAACGGUUAGGCGGGUGUCUCGCUGCCAUUCCUGACGUGGCGGACUUAGUGAUGACGUCAUCGCUGCUCUACUCUGCGGUGCCAGGUCAUCUCCCGAUGGCGGAAAUAAGGAGCAGGCUUAAUCAAUCGAACGGGUCCUUGCGUUUGCCCACUCUCUACCCGCCGAAUGAGGUGGCAGUCAGCUCAGCGACCUCACGCUAUCCAUCGACGAAGAUGGGUGUGUUCGUGGAUGGCGCGCAAAUUUUCCCAAGCGGCGGUUUCGACGUGGUGACGGCACCUGAUGUCGUCGUGCAGAUGGUCGAUACACUGCUGAUUCCGCGGGACACGACGGAAUUGAUCAGUGAGUUCUGUGGUGAAGCGACCAUCAGUGUUCCACCACCCAUUUCCCCUGGGACACCAUGAACACGAUGACAUCGCUGCUUACGCUGCUUACACCGAUUCAGCAGCGAUACAGGGCCGAUGUGGACUCAGCUAACAGUUGAUGCCCUCGACCGCGCUUGACCUCAUCUCUCUUUUCUCCAGUUGAUGCCCUCAACCGCUCUUCAGCUGUUCUCUCUCUCUCUCUCUCUCUCUCUCUCUCUCUCUCUCUCUCUCUCUCUCUCUCUCUCCAGUUGAUGCCCUCAACCGCGCUUCGGCUGUCUCUCUCUCUCUCUCUCCCUCCCUCUGUGUCUGUGUGUGCCUUAAUCAGUUUCCGUGUGGUUAUGGCGGGCAUAGAGUGUGUGUAUCAGUUUGUCUAACUUGUGUGUGUGUCGAUUUGACGAUUUCCGUAAAAAUGCUUUUGCUGUAAAGUACUCGUUUGUCGACAUGUAUAGUUUGUGUAUGAUUUCUAGUUCUCUGUUGAAUCUCCGACCUUGUCCUGUGUCACACGCAUCUCCAAGAGGAAGGACGAUUGUCGCUGCCUGUCGACAUGUAUAGUUUGUGUAUGAUUUCUAGUUCUCUUUUGAAUCUCCGACCUUCGCCUGUGUCACACGCAUCUCCAAGAGGAAGGACGAUUGUCGCUGCCAUUGCGGCGCGUUGUUUUUUUCAUGACGCAUCUCCAAGAGGAAGGACGAUUGUCGCUGCCAUUGCGGCGCGUUGUUUUUUUCAUGUCUCGACUCUCGUUUGGACGACGCCUAUUUCGAUUUGAGAGAAUUAGAUAAGGUGGUGGAGUUGUGGACAUCAGUGGACCGCUAUGUCGCCAGAAACGCGUCGAAGUCUCGAAGAGCAGACGUGUGAGGGAGGUAAUCGUUGUAGAAUUUCAGCCGUCACGUUUUUCACAAUGGUUUUGAAUUCAGCAGCACGAGCGAUAAACGUAAGGUCGAUGGACUGUGAAAUAGCCUCUCGGUGAUGAAGGGCAAUGCAGGCCAUAGCAGGGUCUGAACUCGGGACAAAAUUUGAGACCGCUGGUUCCGCUUUUAGCAGCGAAUCGAGAGGUUGGACCUUUGUUGUGCUAUAUGAACUUUUUUUUUUUUUUUUUUUUUUUUUUUGCUAUAUGAACUAUAGUGCAAGCAGAUUAGAUCUUUUUCAGGAGAAUGACGUGUACAUUCGUCUGCAGGAACGUCGGAGAUUCGUCAACAGUUGUGUUCGGUACAGUACGGAAGGAAUUCUGUUUCUUGAUGGAAGUUGAUAUCAUCAUAUCACACAGGUAGAUAAUUAGCAUAUGGCCACGUCACGAACGUUGAAGAUCCUUUCUGCAGUCUUCUCCUGACUAAACGCACCCUAAUCAUCAAUGUAAAGGGGAUGGAUAUUGGGUCGUAUACGGAACUUUGAGGGCGUCUUGUGUGCAGGUGAUGAUGGGUAAUGUGAAGUCAAUUUGGACCGGUGUGCUCUCUCACUGGUCUGUAAGUACUAUCAUGCAUGAGUGUGAUGGCUUUUCCGACG